GUAAUAUGAAUCCAUUUAUUUGUUUGACUUACAUAUUAACAUCUUCUGUCCAUAAUGGCGGCUACAGUGGGAAGAAUUUAUGGAGCUGGGCUCUUAAAACCGAAUCACGGUGCUGUACGGCAUCAGGUUAGCAAUUUCUCCAAAGCAAGUUUCAGUGCCUGGACCAAAGGACGUAAAACGUUAUUUGCAACACUUGGGAUUGUGACAGGUGGAACAGGUGCACUUCUGCUUGCUCUUGAGCAGUCCGUUAGGGCUUCAGAGCUUGAGCUUCAUCCACCAAAUAAUCCUUGGAGUCAUAAAGGUUUCUUUUCUUCACUUGACCAUAGCAGCAUUCGUCGGGGCUAUGAAGUGUAUAAACAAGUAUGUGCAGCAUGCCACAGCAUGAAAUAUAUUGCAUAUCGUAACUUGAUUGGAGUUUCCCACACAGAAGCAGAAGCCAAAGCAGAAGCAGAAGAAGUUCAGGUGCAAGAUGGUCCAGAUGAAGCAGGAAACAUGUAUAUGAGGCCUGGAAAGCUCUCUGACUAUUUCCCCAACCCCUAUCCAAAUGAAGAAGCUGCCCGAGCUGCGAACAAUGGAGCUUUUCCACCAGAUUUAAGUUAUAUCACACUUGCUCGACAUGGUGGAGAGGACUAUGUAUUUGCCCUGCUCACUGGCUACUGUGAUGCUCCAGCAGGGAUUCCCCUGAGGGAAGGACAGUAUUAUAAUCCAUACUUCCCUGGAGGUGCUAUCAGUAUGGCGCAGGCUCUGUACAAUGAGACUAUAGAAUAUGCAGAUGAUACUCCUGCUUAUGCCAGUCAGCUUGCAAAGGAUGUUUCAACUUUCCUGAAGUGGGCUGCUGAGCCUGAGUAUGACCAAAGGCAGCUGAUGUUCAUUAAGAGCAUCUUCAUAUUCUCCUUGCUACUUUCUGUUGCCUAUUACUACAAGCGCCACAAGUGGUCAAUCGUCAAGAGUCGCAAAUUGGCUUAUAGACCAGUGUCAAAGAAGUAGAUUGCAAGUUGGUGACAACUGAAAUUGUGUAGGAAAAACUUUGGGAGAACUGUAGUUUUCAAGAAAGAAACAGUACUUCUACUUUUGUGAGUUUCUUGCCAAUUGCCAAGUGCAUUUCAAGUUAAUUCACAAAUGUUGUUCAAUGUACAUAUGAAAAUAAUAUGAAAAGUGGCAUUAAAGAAUUUGGAAAGAUCACAUCAAAUGUUAACUAGA